UUUGGCUCUCGUGAUGUCCAGAGACGAUCCAUGAAAAAGCUGAACUGGGACACCAUCCCCAGCCAGCGUGUCCUGGGCAAGUUGAAUGUUUGGACGUCUAAGCGGCCUCAGAGGGACCUGGUGCUGGACAUUCGCAGCAUGGAGGAGCUGUUCAGUCAUGUGGACAAACGGGCAUCGAUACGCAAUUCAAGGGUCAUGGGUCUGAACAAGUUUGAUGGCAUGGACCUCUUCCCACAGGAGCCUCAGGUCACAAUCCUUGACUCUAAAAAGAGUAUGAAUAUCGGGAUCUUCCUGAGACAUUUCAAGAGGCCAGUGACAGAACUGGUACAGGACAUUCGUCAGGGGAACUGGCUCAGAUUUGGAACAGGCAAACUGAAAGAGCUUUGUAAACUGCUACCAGAGGAAAGUGAGGUGAAGCAUCUGCUGUCGUUCAGUGGGAACCUGUCUGUGUUACCUGAGGCUGACCAGUUCAUGGUGCAGCUGGUCAAAGUGCCGGGCUACGAGGAACGCCUGAAAACGAUGGUGCUGAGGGAGGAAUUCUUUCCUCUUAUGGAGGAGGUGAAGAACUCUGUUGGCGUCAUGACCAAAGCAGCUAAUGAGCUGUUGGACUGUGAUGAACUCCACUCAGUCAUUCGGCUGGUGUUGAAAGCUGGGAAUUACAUGAACGCUGGUGGCUACAGUGCCAAUGCCAUCGGCUUCAGGAUGACGUCUCUGCUCAAGUUGGCAGACACCAAGGCCAACAAGCCUGGCAUGAACCUCAUGCACUAUGUUGCCAAGCAAGCAGAGGACAUUGAUUCUGAGUUGCUGACUUUUCCCAGCCAGCUUGAACACAUCGGGAUGGCAGCAAGAAUUUGUAAAGAGGAGGUAAUCGCAGACUUUGAGAGAGAGGUGAAGAAGAUCAAGGAAGUGAAAUUGUACAGCAGUAGACAGCCUGGCUUCUUGCAACAGAUGGAGACGUUCCUCAUGAGGGCUGAUGCCAAGCUGGCCGACGUGGAAUCCUCUCUCCAGGAGCUGAAUGGCCUGAGCAAUGCUGUUGCUGAGUACUUCUGUGAAGACCCGGCGACCUUCAAAAUGGAGGAGUGCUGCUCUAUCUUUCAUUCUUUUUGCAAGCGGUUUGAUACAGCUGUAAAGGAGAACCAAGAGCGAGAGGCUGCAGAGCAGAGGCGCAAGCGGAAGGAGAGCAUCCGUAUUACAGGAAACCGACGCUCCACAAUGUCUGGCCCGGUACCUGAGCCUGGUCGGGACUCGGCCAGCUUGGAGUUGGCCUUACACAGCUUUCUGUCCAACGUUCCAGAGGGAUUAGUCAGAUGUAGGAGGAACCUGCUGCCCCCAGUCAAAGGAUCCCCCAAUGACCGCAGUCCUCGGUCUGGUCAGUCAGCAGAAAAAACUGAGACUACGUCCUCUACUAAACAGAGGAGGCCUGAGAAGAAACAACCCAAACUGCAGAAAGAGCAAGUAGCAGCACCGGAAAACAAGGAGGAAGCUGAGAAGAUGCGUGCGAUAACUCGGAAGGUGCUACGCUACCAAAACAGCAACAGUAGCCUUGAUGGGGACAGAGUUUCAGGCACUCCGCGGCGCUCGGGGAGACCGCAAGACUCUCCGGCUACUCCAAGUACCCCACGGCCUAGGACCAGAGACUUCUUCUUUGCCAACAAUGGGGACGUGGGCUCCCCGUGGACUAUCCUGAGCCCUUUUACUUGUUCUCAAAGAAACAUCCCUAAGCGAAACAGACAAGCACACCAACAGAGACUGUCCUCAACUUCCGGUGGAGAUGACCUGGAUGAUGGAGUGUGGGAGAGUGAUGAAGGCAAUUGUCUUCCUAAUCGGGACAGUCUAACAUCUCCAUGCGUGGGUACUGCGUCUCUUCCCGAGUGCCCCCACCAGAGGGCUGUGUCGCAGGCUCCCAUUCUCAGGUCUAUCUCCAUGGAUGAAACAAGGCGAUCUCCAGCAUCUGGUUUCCGCCUGGGGGACAUAUUCCAGAGAAGCAUGUCUCAAAGGUCAUACUCGUCCGGCUCAAGGACAGAAAAUACAAGAGAAGAAGUUGCAGGAGUCUUUCCAUUGAAUCGCUCUAAGGCGAGGAAUCAUGUGGAAGGGCAAGUGAGCAGCUCUGGGCUUAUAUCCUUCUUCAGACGCAUUGGAGGCAGAAGUAAGCCUGGCGAUGUGGAAGAACAAAACUUCAGAGGAUCUAACACUUGA